CAAGCGUCUUCUUGCGUUCACACAAUUUUGGUUCUCGUUAAGAUAAUCAAAUUAUUUUUGGAAAUUUUUCAUUAACUUUUCGGAUUUUGUUAAAUUUGAAUUUCACUCUAUUUUUCGAUCCUAGUUCAUGAUGGGCCACCAAAAACUUUUAUUUUUCGCCGUCUCCUCCAUUUUGACGACCCUCCUCCACCCACCCCCAACAACGGCGCAGCAAAUGGACCCUCAGAAUUUGGCACUUUUCAUGACCAUGUCGGAUUUCGACAACAACAAAAUGUUCUACAAACCAGGCGAAGAAACCUGGGAAAUGGCCGAUUAUGGAAAAUCCCUCAAAUCCAUUAAAGAAUACGAAUUCAUAGUCAGUGUAUUAAAAGCGGGGGGGAAUGAUUCCACAAAUCGGUGUCGUUUUCCAAGGUCUCUCCGGUGCCCUUGACUUCAUCGGAGCUCUCACCCUUCACAAAAACCAACUAUUCUGGGACACUAUUCUGUACCAAAUCGACCAACGCAUCCUCACUCAAUCCAUGUCCGACAUGAACGCCAAAAUCCAAGCCUUCAAAUCCACCUUCCAACACCUUGACGAAAACCCCGUCGGCUUCACAAUCACCGGAUUUCGACAAAUUGAAGAAAUCCUGGCCCUUUUUUCCGAACAGGGCUCAAUCUUCAGGAAAUACCCCUUACACUCGUCCCCCCUCGUGUUAGGCUUCCUCCCCGUCAUGACCGUCUAUGUCGAAUAUGCCACCAGAAAAUUCCCAAACAUCGAGCGAGACUGGCGAUCAAUCCUCCUAAAGGAAUCUAUGUGUUAGAAGUCUACAUAAACCUCGCAAUCAAGACAAGGAUCGAUGCCGCGACUUCUCGAUAUUCUAUCACUAAUUCCCCUAAUGGUUAUUCUUUCGGCGAUCAGCGUUUUGCUCUCAGGGAUUUCGUCACCUCAAGCCAUGCCUCUGAAUUGGGAGAUUUCCCCAAAUAUGUCCGAUGUCGGAAGGUCGAUCCUUCCGUGGGGUGUGACAGAACGGGUCGGAAGUACUGGAAACAUUCAGAAAAGGAGAAAACCGAUUCUCUCAAAUUCAGCGUGGAAUGCAUCACAGACAACUUUUCGGGACAGGAAGUUCUCGCAGAAUCCGCAUUUACUGUUUGGAAAAUAAUUGGCUAUAGUAUGGAGACAAAUUGGAAUGCGGAUAACAGAAUGAAUUGUUUAAUCGAUUAUGUCAAAGUUAUCGAAUUCUUGUAUGGAACCAUGUUCUGGAGAGUGGGGUCGUUAAUGAUUUAAUCAGUUUUUUUAACAUAAUUUAUCCAUAAAGUUUUAAAAAUUCGAAUUGUAUCGAUUUGCCAAAACUGUCCUCUUAAUUUUUUUCAAAAAUCUUCCUAAAUUUACGUUGUGAUGAUUCCACUUUUCUUCAAAGUUAUUAAUAAUUUGACAAUCUAUUUACAAUAAAAAUUCACCCAAAACUGCAAUCUGCACGAU